AGACAGCAAAAUAAAAUUCAUUUGUCUUCAUUUCAUAGGUUAUUGGUUAUUGGAAAAGAAUGGCGUUUUCUACAACUCUUCGAUGCUCAUCUUCUCUAUUAUUUCGCCCUUCCAACAAUUCAAUCGCUUUGCCUCAAUCCUCUUCUUCUUCACUCUCCUUUCGAUCCUCACCCUCUCUUUUUAACCGCAAAAAAUCCCUGUCCAUUCGAUCUGCUACACUUGAAGCACCUGCAUCUGGAGGAGUAGCACCUGCAGUUUCCUUAACCGACAAUGCAUUGAAGCACUUGAGUAAGAUGAGGAGCGAGCGGAAUGAAGACUUGUGUCUUAGAAUUGGCGUUAAACAAGGUGGAUGCUCAGGCAUGUCAUACACGAUGGAGUUUGAAAAGCGAGAAAAUGCUAGACCAGAUGAUUCGAUAAUUGAAUACAAUGGGUUUGUUAUUGUUUGUGAUCCAAAAAGCCUUCUGUUCAUCUUUGGAAUGCAACUGGACUAUAGCGAUGCGUUGAUAGGCGGGGGCUUCUCUUUCAAAAAUCCAAAUGCUACGCAAACUUGUGGUUGUGGCAAAUCGUUUAAUGCUGAGAUGUAAAAGCAUGUAUUCAUAGAAAUUUAGUAGUAUAACAUUAACAUACUAGAACACCAAUGGUGGUUUGCUUGGACCAUCGGAUAUAGACAGUAAUGAAGAUUUGUUAAAUCAUAUAAUGUGCAUAGGGUUUGUAACUUUUAAAUGUGCAACUGGAAAUGCAUUUUAUUCUUCCUGCACAGAAGGCUAAACCUCUAUGCCAUGUCGAUUUAUGCUU